AUGUUACCACCACCAGUAAUACUAGAUGCACAAGCAAUAAGUGGUAUAACAGGUUCUAUAUCAUUAUCAUGUUGGAUUAUAGUAUUUGCUCCACAAAUUUAUGAAAAUUUUAAAAGAAAAUCUUCAAAAGGUUUAAGUUUAUCAUUUAUUAUAUUAUGGUUAGCUGGUGAUAUUUUUAAUGUAUUGGGAGCAGUAUUACAAGGUCUUUUACCAACUAUGAUUAUAUUAGCUAUUUAUUAUACUUUUGCUGAUAUUGUAUUAUUAUGGCAAUGUUUAGUUUAUGGAGAUGGAGAACAAAAAAAAUCAAUAACUGAUUUAACUCAUUUAUCACCUACUACUCCUAUAAAUGAUGAUAUUUUAGAAAAUGUAUUAUCACCAUCAACAACUACAUCAUCAUCACAAGAUUUAGAAAAUGGACAAACAACUAAGACUAAAGAAUCAUUAACAUCAUCAAAUUCAAAUAUAUCUACAAUUUUAUUAAAUACUUUAAUGGUAUCAUUAGUUGUAUUAUCAGGAGUUAUUGGAUGGUAUAUAAGUUAUUUAAAUGAUUCAAAACAUAAUGGUCAUGGUCAUAAACAUAAGCAUGACUCAAAAAAUCCUACAGAUUUAAUAUAUGACCCAUUAGCUCAAUUUUUUGGUUGGUUAUGUGCCAUAUUAUAUUUAGGUUCACGUAUUCCACAAAUUAUAUUAAAUUAUAAAAGAAAAUCAACUGAUGGUAUAUCAUUUAUGUUUUUUUUAUUUGCAUGUUUAGGAAAUUUAACUUAUGUUAUUUCUAUAAUUUCAAUAGAUAUGAGUUGGUAUUAUUUAUGGGUUAAUUCAAGUUGGUUAGCUGGUUCUUUGGGGACUUUAGCUUUAGAUUUUACUAUCUUUAUUCAAUUUUUCUUGUAUAAUAAAGAUGAUUAUGAAAUAGAUGAUGAUGAUGAUGAUGAUUUAACUAGUUGUUGUGAAAGUACUAUAUUAACUACUACUAAUGGUAAUGAUAAUAGUAAUAAUAAUAGAAAUUAUGGGACAAAUAAUUAA